CCUCAGUGUUGCAGAAUGGAGUUUGUAUAGCAACAUUAAAAACUUUACUGGUUUCCAUGGUAACAUGAAACAAUGUCAACAUUUUUCUUCUUAGACAAUAUAAUAUUCGUAAUGAACGUACUUUUGCAUUUUUAAUUCAUAAAUUUACUUAUUUGGACCCUACGGCCAUAGUUCAGCCUUUAACAUGGUCCUUUUGAGUCGGGAACUGUAAGUAAAUAAAAUCAAGUGCGUCGAAGCGGAUUCUAAGAAGCACGAAAAAUUUUUCUUUCGUCUCGUCUGGCGUAGCCGAUUUUGUAGGUGCCGCCAUUGUGCUGUACCAUUGCAGCGUUCGACGAGCCGGGAGCAACGCGUUCCAUAAACGCAUCACCACUCACUGCGCAGCGAGCCCGCGCGUGGAAUGGAAUAACAAGUAACGUUUUUGGUUUUUAAAUGUGUUUGUGAAUUGUUCCUUUCCCGAUAUUAUUGAGUGAUUUUGGUGACAAACAUCUUAAAAAUCUGGUUAUUACUAUUGCCGUCACGUCAAUUUGUGAUUGUGCACGAAAAGUUGUUAUAUAUGCAUAGUGUGGUCUGUAUAACAAUAUGGAAAAAACCGAAGAACAAAUAAAGCGUGAGCUUAUAGCACGCCGAGGCUCAAGAAAAGCGACAUUAACUCGUAUCAAAAAUAAAAUGGAUGCCUCCUAUAUUAAUGAUAAGCAAAUGUUACAAUUGAUGGUCGAGAGGGCCCAGGUGGCAUUUAAUGAAUACGAAGAUCUCAGCCUGCAGAUAGGGGAUGAGGAAGAUCCCGUACCGAUAGAAACAACAUACUAUGAAUGCGUCGCCGCGAUGCGCCAACGUAUUUCAGAUUUGUCUGGACCUGGACCCACCUCGGGCGCUGGCGCUUUACCGGCAGCGUCGCCUCAAGUUGCGUCAAAAGUUAAGUUACCCAAUAUACAAAUACCUACAUUUACUGGUAAAUAUACAGAUUAUAGACCGUUUAUUGAAAUGUUUACUGCACUUGUGCACAAUAAUGAAGGGUUUGAUUGUAUACAAAAGUUUUUCUACCUGAGAAGCUUCUUAAAAUCUGAAGCAUUUGAUUUAGUCAAAAACUUACCUGUCAUCGGUCAAAGUUAUUCGGAAGCUCUAAAAAUUUUAGCUGACAGGUACGAUAAUAAAUACAAAAUCAUCAAUGAGCACAUUAAUGCUUUGUUUGAGUUGCCAGUGCUAACUAAGUCAAGUCCUAGUGCUUUACGCUCAUUGAUUUCAAUUACAAAACAGCAUUUAGCUGCAUUAAAAAACCUUGACGAGGCCAUUGAAAAAUGGGACAGCAUUCUCAUUUGCCUAUUAAAUAAAAAACUUGACCCGUUGACUAACCGAGAGUAUUUUUUGCAUAGGGAUUCCACAAAACAGCCAACCUUUAACGAUUUUUUGAAAUUUGUAGAAGGUCGGGCCCUUGCCCUAGAGAACAGUGAGGGACGGGGUGACACAGCAAGCUGUGCUGCUAACAAAGUAGCUCCAGUGAAGGUGACAUCAUCAUCGUUUGUCACUACCAAAGCAUCCCAAGGCUGUCUGUACUGCGUGCCUGUUGUCGCAGCCUGAGGAGCUGCGCGAUCCUGAUGCCGCACCCAGCUUGGUUCACACACAGUUUGGUUACGUAGUAGGAGGUGAUGUCCCAUCUUCUAUUCUUAAACGACCUGCUGUUACGCUUUUCUGUCAAGAAUGUCAAACCGAUAUACGCGAUACUAUGUCCAAUUUUUGGCAAACAGGAAAGGUACCCGAAAUAUAUGCGGAACAUACAUCUGAACAACAACAGUGCGAAAAAUUGUUUACUGAAACUGUCAUACUUGAAGACAAUCAAUUUACAGUUUCAUUGCCAUUAAAGAUACCUAUCUAUGAUGUGAAUAAUACAUUGGGGGAUUCAUUCGGGCUAGCUCUAAAGAGAUUUUAUAAUCUUGAAAAGAGAUUUCAAAAGGAUCAAAAGUUGUAUGAAGGUUAUAAGGAUUUCAUACAUGAAUAUCUCGACUUAGGUCAUGGGUCAUAUGUUGACAUUUCUUCAUAUGAUCUUACUAAAGAUCCUGUGUACUUUAUGGGACAUUCAGCUGUUUUAAGGCCGGAUGCAGUAAGUACCAAGCUACGGGUAGUCUUAGAUGGAUCUAUGUUAACGAGUAAUAAGAUAUCAUUGAAUAAUAUUUUAAUGAAUGGGCCAAUUGUUCAACAGGAGCUGUUUGAUAUACUGUUGUCAUUUAGAGUGCACAAAUAUUUUAUUGUUUGUGAUAUCAGGCGUAUGUUCCGAAAUAUUUUAGUACAAAAAGAUCAGCGAUCUUUGCAAAACAUUCUCUGGCGAGACACUCCUAAUGAGUCAGUAAAAUGUAUUCAGCUAAAUACAGUUUGCUAUGGAAUGAAGUCAUCAAGUUAUCUUUCAACAAGAUGCUUGAACGAGCUGGCUACGAAAUUUGAGAGGCAAUAUCCUCUAGCCAGUUCGGCAAUACUUAACUCUACAUAUGUAGAUGAUAUCAUUCAUACAGAGGAUAGUUUGACAAAGAUUGUUGACACUCAAACCCAGUUGAUAGAAUUACUUACUAAAGGUAAUUUUACAUUACAUAAAUGGGCGGCUAAUGACCCUACAAUUUUGACAAAUAUUCCAGCAGAACAGCAGGUUGUUGGGGAGCUGGAACUGAAUAAGGACAUCAAAACUUUAGGUUUAAAGUUAGAUAUCAACUCAGAUUCUUUUAAACUUUCAUGUCCAGUGUCAAAAAAUGUCCCUAACACAAAAAGACAUAUUUUAAGCUACAUAAGCCAGUUCUAUGACCCGUUAGGUCUGGCUGGACCCGUUUUCGUCCAAGCCAAAAUAAUUAUGCAAAAAAUAGCUCAGGCUUGUUCCGACUGGGACUCUGUGCCCUCACCUAUUUUACUAAAAGAAUGGCUUGAAUUUUAUAAUGAUUUGCAGGCAAUGAAAGAAAUUAAAAUAAAACGAAAUGUUACUGUUGAUAACAUUCAGUCUGCUCAGCUAGUAGCAUUUGGUGAUGCCUCUAUUACUGCUUAUGGGGCAGCGAUUUAUUUAAGAGUCACUGACAAGCAUGGCAAAGUAACUAUGUCGCUUCUUUGUUCUAAAAAUCGCAUUGCGUGUAAAGACAAGAAAUUGACUGUGCCACGAUUAGAAUUAAAUGCAUCCCUUUUGAUGGCAAAAUUAUGCUUGAGAGCAUACAAUACAUUAAGUAAAAAAAUAUCUAUUAAAAGUGUGCAUCUUUUCAGUGAUUCUCAGGUUGUUUUGGCAUGGCAAAAAACGGAUCCAACAAAACUAAAUGCUUAUGUUGCUAAUAGAGUCAAAUUAAUUAACGAAUAUACAAAGGGUUUCCAAUGGUUGUAUAUAAAAACAGACCUCAAUCCUUCUGAUUGUUUGAGUCGAGGUGUAAAACCUAGUGAACUACAAAGUAACCAGCUGUGGUGGAGUGGUCCAGAUAGCAUGUCUGAUCCUGAGUAUAAAUUCACCGGUGAUAGUGAUAACUUACCUGACAACUUACCAGAGAUCAAGCAUGCUGAUGGUUCCAAGCCGGUGUGUAUGGCAUCAUAUCGAUCGGCUUCUCUUGCAAAUUAUUUGUUAGAUAAGUUCUCUAACAUAAAUAAGGCAGUUAACGUGCUUGCGUACAUACAAAGAUUCUAUAAAAAUGUAAGGCCGGGUUCUCAAAAGAUAAAGCUUAAUUUCAUUACAUUUA